AUGGGCACAGUUGCAGAAGGAGCCCCUAUUAUCCCCAUCUCUGCCCAGCUGAAAUACAACAUAGAGGUCGUGUGCGAGUACAUUGUAAAGAAGAUCCCAGUUCCUGUGCGAGACUUCACCUCAGAACCAAGGCUUAUUGUAAUUCGAUCGUUUGAUGUCAACAAGCCUGGUUGUGAGGUUGAUGACCUCAAAGGAGGGGUAGCAGGAGGCAGUAUACUGAAAGGAGUGUUGAAGGUUGGGCAGGAGAUUGAAGUCAGGCCUGGCAUUGUCUCCAAGGACCAUGAAGGCAAACUCAUGUGCAAGCCAAUCUUCUCCAAGAUCGUCUCGCUGUUCGCAGAACACAAUGACCUGCUCUACGGUGCACCUGGGGGUCUUAUCGGUGUUGGCACGAAGAUCGACCCGACGCUGUGCCGUGCGGACCGAAUGGUGGGGCAGGUCCUGGGAGCCGUGGGGGCGCUGCCUGAGAUCUUCACAGAGCUGGAAAUCUCCUACUUCCUGCUCCGACGACUGCUCGGCGUGCGUACAGAGGGGGACAAAAAGGCAGCCAAGGUCAGUGAGGAGAGCAGGGCUCUUCACAUCGUUUCUGUGUCUGUUUAAAUGCAGGGAUGGAAU